AUUACAUAUUUCAGAUGGUUAGCUGAAACUUGUCUGUAGCAAACCACCCACUGAAGUCCUGGCUGUAGAGAGAAAGAGAACUACCUGACAUUGACAAAUAAACAUUCAUUGCUCUGCCAGCCUGCCUUUCCCUUCUGUUACAAUGGCAUCAGUGUCUGUGGCCAACACCAAUUUCUCUCUGGAGCUAUUCAAGAAGAUCACAGAGGUCAACAAAACAGGCAAUGUCUUCUACUCCCCUCUAAGCAUCUCCUCUGCCCUGGCCAUGGUGUCCCUGGGAGCCAGAGGGAACACCGCUACCCAGAUGUCAGAGGUCCUCUGCUUUGUCAAAGCGGACAAAUCUAAAAAGGCUGACCCAGGACUACUCCAGCAAGUACAAAAGCCCCAGCUUCCGCUGGCUCUGAAGUCCCUGCACUUCCACAAAGCUACAGAUAGUGUCCAUGUCGGCUUCAACAAACUCAUGAGUGAACUGAACAAGAAGGGAGCCCCGUACGCACUGAGCCUGGCCAAUCGCCUGUACGGCGAGCAGUCUUACCAGUUUGUUGAGGCGUUCCUCGGCGACACCAAGAAGCACUACAAUGCCGAACUGGAGGCUGUGGACUUCAAGUCCAAUGCGGAGGCUGCCCGGCAGAACAUUAACGCCUGGGUGGAGAAGCAGACCGCAGAGAAAAUCAAGAACCUAUUGGCGGAGGGGGUUGUCGACCAACUGACCAGACUAGUGUUGGUGAACGCCAUCUACUUCAAGGGCAACUGGGAGAAGAAAUUCAAAGAGAGCAGCACCAGCGAUGCCCUGUUCAAAUUAAACAAGAAGGAGAGUAAACCAGUGAAAAUGAUGCAUCAGAAGGCCAAGUUCCCCCUGACCUUCAUCCCAGAGGCCAACUGCCAGAUUCUGGAGCUGCCCUACGUAGGGAACGAACUGAGCAUGCUCAUCAUGCUACCUAAUGAGAUGGAGGAUGACACCACUGGCCUGAAGAAGCUGGAGAAGGAGCUGACUUACAAGAACCUUGUGGAGUGGACCAGGCCUGACAUGAUGGACACUGUGGAGGUUCAGGUGGGUCUGCCUAAGUUCAAGCUGGAGGAGAGCCUGGACCUGAAGGACUUGCUGGCCAGCAUGGGCAUGACGGACGCCUUCGACCACUGCAAAAGCGACUUCUCGGGCAUGUCGCCCGACAACGACCUGGUGCUGUCCAAGGUGAUUCACAAGGCCUUCGUGGAGGUCAACGAGGAGGGAACAGAGGCAGCGGGCGCCACGGCCGCCGUCAUGAUGAUGCGCUGUGCCAUGAGGACGCCCACAUUUGUCGCCGACCACCCCUUCCUCUUCUUCAUCCGCCACAACCCCACCCAGAGCAUUCUGUUCUACGGUCGCUACUGCUCCCCUUAGGGGCUGUGUAGGAAAUGGAACAUUCCAUGUGGAGGGAGGAAGGGCUUUUAAUAGUAUAUACUGCAGCAGCUACAUCAAUACCCCAUCUGUGUGCUUGAUUAUAUGCUUUGAGGUCAAUGCCUUACCAAAGAAUUGAAGAGUCAAGUGUAUUUGUGAUGCAAUUAGGUUUAAUACAUUUCUUCCUGGCCUGAUGUUACGAACAACACAUUGUGCCUUAUCAUGAUCAAUGUUUCUCUACUUUCCACCUACUUCAACACACUGAAGUGCAAUUAUCCUCAAACAUAUUUUCAUUUUGUGUUCUGAUAAUGAACUUUCCUAGUCUUCUGAUACUAUACUGGUGGGUUUUUUUUUUCAAAUUAAGCAACUAUGAAAGUUUACAGGAAAUAAAGAUGUGAUAAGUG